AUGGCCGGAUCACAGGAGUGGAAAGAGGCGAUGGAGAUGAUGAGAGCACUUCACCUGCAGGUGGAAGGGAUGAGGAGGGAAUUGGCAGCAGCCAAGAAGGACUCAGAGGAGGCUGAGAGGAGACGAGUGGCAGAGAUGAGGGAGAUGAGAGGGCAGGUGGAGGAGAGGGAGAGGGAGGUGACUGCAGAACUGGAAGCAGUGAAGGGGGAGUUGGCAGGAGUGAAGGGGGAGUUGGCAAGGGAGAGGGAGGAGAGGAGGAGGGAGGUGCAGGAGGUAGAGAGGAGAAGAGCAGCAGACUUGACGGAGAUGAGAGGGCAGCUGGAGGAGAGGGAGAGGGAGAAGAAGGCAGGGAAAGGGUGGCUGGUUGCGGUGCAAAAGGAUGCUGGCAUGAAGAUGGAUGUUGAAGGCGUUCAAAAGAGAGUAUGGGAGGCUUCAGUGCAGAGGGGAUGA